AUGUCAUCGCCUAAGAAAAAUAAGAAGAAAUUUACAAUUGCUGUCGAGGGUAAUAUUGGUUCUGGAAAAAGUACAGUACUUUCGUGUUUAGAAAAAUCACCAUUAUGUGAUGUCAUUCCGGAACCAAUUGAAAGUUGGACAAAUCAUAAAGGACAUAAUAUCUUGGCUAUGUUUUAUGAUGAUCCUCAUCGAUGGGCAUUUGUUUUUGAAACAAAUGCUCUAAUGACACUUGCAAAAUUACAUACACAAUUAGCUAAAGCACCUGUUAAAGUUAUGGAACGAUCAAUACAUAGUGCACGUUACUGCUUUAUUGAAAAUCUCCAUCGAAGUAAUGUUCUUCAAGAUGUUGAAUAUCAAAUUUUAGAUGAUUAUUUUGAAAUGCUUAUUUCAAAUGAAGCAUGCAAACUUGAUUUAAUUAUAUAUUUACGUGCAACACCAAAAACAUGUCUUGAACGUAUUCGAGCUCGUAAUCGUCCCGAAGAAACAACAAUUGAUUUAAAUUAUUUAACAACUCUUCAUCGUCGACAUGAAGAAUGGUUAAUACCUCGAGCUUAUGGUGAUACACCAUCACCACCUGUACUUAUCGUUGAUGCUAAUCAAAACAAAGAACGUGUCUAUUCCGAUACCAAUAACCAUGUUAUUAAUCUAAUUUCCUGUUGA